UGCCGAGCUAGGGUUCCAAGCUGUUGCAUUUCCAUUCCAGGGGCAGCUACUUCUGCAUCAAAGGGUGGAAGAAGCAGCCCGGACUUCUCGGCUGAGUGCAGCUGUUGAACACAAGACAGGAAAGCGCACAAGCUGUGGGGAGAAACUGCAGAGUAACUGAAGCAGACCAGGCAGUGGGUUUCUGCUCCGCGUAACAGCAAAGUCUCAGUAGCCUUAAUAUAGACCAACGUGUGGGUGAUACGCUUCAGACUCUCUCCAAAUAUUUUGAAUUCUAGAAGAAGAAAUGAAUCUUGCAUAUGCUGGUGAAACCUUGAGUAUCAUAUUUGACUGGGACUAUGUUCUGUGGGAAGUUCGUUUGAAGUUAGUAACAGCUGGAUUUUUCAUCUACCUGGGUGUAUUUCUUCUAGCUCACUGGCUGGCCUCAUGGAUCAGUGCCAGUUAUCGCACUUUGUCAGGAAAGGACAAAGUCUUCUCGAAUAUAGCUAUCACUCGUGGCCUGCUUGGGAUUCAGAGUUGUGUAGCUGGGUUGUGGGCCUUGCUCAUAGAUCCAGUUUUUCAAGCUGACAAAGUGUAUUCACAACAAAAGUGGAGUUGGUUUCAUUGCUUAAUAGCCUCUGGCUUCAUCUUGUUUGAAAAUGUAGUUGUUCAUGUGUCUAAUAUUGUUUUCAGGACAUGUGAUGUGUUCUUGGUAGUUCAUCAUUUAUUUGCCUUUGGUGGGCUUCUUGGUCUGAUAAUUAACAUAAAGUCUGGACACUAUCUACCCUUGAUGGGAUUGCUGCUUGAGAUGAGCACUCCUUCAAUCUGCAUGUACUGGCUUCUUCUAAGGACUGGCUAUGCUAAUACCCUUUUAUGGAAGGCAAACCAAUGGGUACUGAUCCAUAUGCAACACUGCCGCAUGGUCCUUAUUUAUCACAUGUGGUGGGUGUGUAUUUCCAAUUGGAAUGAUGUAGUAGAAAAUCUGGGACUUCCACAUUUUAUCGUCUUUUUCAUGGGGUUAAGUACACUUACAUUAAUACUUAAUCCAUACUGGAUUUACAGAUCAACUCAGCGGCUCUUUGGUCCAGUUGACUGGAAUUUUUCAUUUUUCACUGCUGUUUUUGGAUCCUCUGGAAAAUUAAAUAGUGAAACAUUUGAAAAGAAGAGGAUAUAGUGUUGCAACAGCUAUUGGGAUAAUAGUAA